UUUGUGCAAGGGCUAUGGCUGGUUAAAUAAUGUCAUCGGAGUGUAACAUAAGAACAUUUCAUCAUCAGUUUUUCACAGGAAUUUCACUCAACUGAUUUGUAAAAUUUAUUUAAGCACUGCAGGGGCUGGAGCCAAGAUGAAACUAUCUGCUCGCUUGCUCCUUUCUGCUGGUGCUGAGGAAUUCCAUGUUUGCCAGCUUCACAAAGGCCAUUUGCUCACUGGAAAAGAUUGGGCAACCCGCAGCCCACCAUCACUAGCUGCAUAGCUGUGAUUUGGCAGAUCCCUUUGGUGUUUUUCCAUUGGCUGGUGCAUGCGUAACUGUGAUCCAUACUGAAGAAUACAGCUGUGGGGUGAUGGAAAUUGAAAGCAGGCUAUUCAUUUACCUGCUCACAGCAGGAGUGUCUUUACUGGUGAUUCUACAAGCUCUGAAUGGUCAACAGGUUCCCCCCAUGAGAGUUGGACCUCUGGGACCCCAGCAACCCCCAGCGCCAGGUAGACCACAAGGACAAUUACCUAACAACAACAUGGUUCCUUCAGCACAACAGCACCAGCAGCCUGGAAUUGUGAACCCAGGUGGCUAUUCUGGAAAGAUGGUAUUACCUGGCACUCCUCCAGGCCAUUCCCAGCAAUUCCAGGUGCCAGAGGCCUAA